AUGAAGAAUUGGAUGGAUUUUCUAUGCUUGGCGUUGGUGCUUGAGAGAUCAGCGGUGCUGCACCUAAUCAUAGCGGCGGUGCUGGGGCGGCUGCUAAUUCACGUCCUAGGGAGACAACGGCAGCGAGAAUGCUAUCUCGUAGACUUCACAUGCUACAAACCGGCGGCGGAGAGGAUGGCGAACACGGAGCUGAGCAUUUACUUUUCGGCAAGACCGGAGCCCAUAAUCCCCGAUCGCUUGGGUUUCCAGUGGAGAAUAUACUUGCGGUCCGGGCUGGGGGAAGAAACCGCGGUGUCGCGCUUCUUUUUCAACCAAGAAAUGGUGGCCACAAUGGAGGAAGCGCGGGCUGAGGUGGUAGAGAGCCUGAUCGCCGCCACGGACGAGCUGUUUACGAAAACCCAGGUAACACCCCAAGACAUCGAUAUAGUCAUCGUAACAGUCUCGACAUUUACGCCGGCGCCGUCACACGCGUCGAUGAUAGUAAAUCACUAUAAAAUGAAGGAGAACGUUAAGACGUUCAGUGUGUCCGGCAUGGGGUGCAGCGCCAAUGUGAUAGCGGUGCAAAUGGCUAAGGAUAUGUUUGCCUCAUACCCGAAUUGCUACGCUCUCGUGCUCGCAACUGAGAGUCUCACCAUGAAUGCAAACUAUCCGGGCAACGAUAAGACCUUCAUGCUGACAAACUGCCUCUUCCGAGUCGGGGGAAACGCGCUGCUUCUCUCCAAUAAACCGGCAGAGGCCAGUCGUGCCAAAAUGCGGCUUGUGCACACCGUUCGGACCAACGUGGCGGCGGACGACGAGUCCUACGGGUGCGUCAUGGUGAAGGAGGACGACGAGGGUGUUUUCGGCACUGGCCUCCGCCCUUCUCUUCUUCAGGUCGCUGCAAAGGCCAUGCAACGUAACUUAUCCACGCUCGGCCCCAAAGUCCUUCCGUUGCGUGAGCAGCUGUACUACGCCUACAAUAGUCUCUGCAUAAAGUUGUUCAAGAUGAAGGUGGAGCCCUAUGUUCCUAACUUCAAGCUGGCGUUUCAGCAUUUCUGCAUCCACCCUGGCGGAAGAUCGGUUAUCAGUGGAAUCGGGAAAAGCCUGAAGCUAAGUGAGUACGAUCUGGAGCCCUCGCGCAUGGCGCUCUUUCGCUUCGGCAACACGUCCAGUAGUGGGGUUUGGUACGAGGUGGCGUAUAUGGAAGCGAAAAGGCGGCUCAAAGUGGGGGAGCGCGUGUUGCAGAUUGCGUUGGGGUCAGGGUUCAAGUGUAAUACUGCUGUGUGGGAAGUGCUGCGACAGACGUAUCCUUUGGAGACGACCUGCUGGGAUGAUUGCAUUCACAGGUAUCCUUGCAACACUCGUAAAAAUUACACGGAUGACUACUGUGACCAGUGGUUCAAUCGCCUCAACUCCACGCUACCCAUUUCCAAUGGCUUGUCAUGCACCACCUCGAACUGA